AUGACAUCCAACACCUUUUAUGCCCUUGCCUUCGCUUGCUUCCUAACCCUCUCUUUCCUAUCUCACACAGGUUGGGCACACCGAAAUAUGCGAAAGGAAUCACCUUAUGAGUUUAUGAAGCUCCUAAAAGGAUGUAAACAAGGUGACAAUGUAGAAGGUAUCCAACAACUCAAAAAAUUCCUUCAUCAUUUUGGAUACCUAAACCAGAAACAUCUAAAUAAUCGCGAUAUUGAUGAUGAUUAUUUUGAUGAAAGCCUAGAAAGUGCUCUCAAAACCUACCAACUCAAUUUCAACUUGAAGCCCACUGGAGUCUUGGAUACAGAAACAGUGUCGUUGCUGAUGAUUCCGCGAUGCGGGGUGCCGGAUAUUGUUGAUGGCAAAACUAGAAUGAAGUCUGCAGGUAGCUAUAACAUCAAGUACGCACACUUUCCAGGAUCACCUAGGUGGCCAGUAACUAAGAAAGUACUUAACUGGGGACUUCAACAUGGUAGCAGAAGGGACGUAAUUGAGCCUCUUGCAAAAUAUUCUUUUCAACCAUGGGUUGGUAUCGCACCUUUUACGUUUAAUUUUGUUGAUGGGAAUCUUAGUAUUGCAGACAUCAAGAUCGGGUUCCUUGAUAAGAGUCAAGGUAUGGCUGGAAAUACACUAGGUUUUACAUAUCCACCAACAAAUGGGACAGUGUUUUUCAAUGCGGAUAUGAAUUGGUCAUUUGGUGCAACCCCAGGAGCCUAUGACUUGGGGACGGUUGGAUUGCAUGAAUUUGGGCAUGCUUUAGGGCUUGCUCAUUCCUCAGUUGAGGCUGCUGUCAUGUGGCCAUAUACUGGUAUGGCUCAAACCAAGCAUUUGCACGACGAUGAUAUUAAAGGAAUGAAAGCUUUAUACGCUGCCAGUUGA